AUGCCCAUAGUAUAGGAGUGUGGACUGACCGCCGUGUGGUUUACACCAUUUGGACACGGUGAGGAACGGGACGCACUUGGAGCUUGGAUUGGAUAGCUGCUGGUUUUAUGCUGCGCAGAACUCAGCCCAGAAUUACCACCACCACGAGCAUAGUUCAAGGGGAUUCCACAGGAAACCUUGCUGAAUGGACUUUUAACUUUGGUUUAACGUUAUCCCUUUUUUACACAUCGAAUCCGGACUCACUUUUUUGGCACAUUUGAAGAACGCUCUCCACCGAGGCUGGUCUGAUGUAAUUCAUAAUAAACAAAAUCAACCUAACAUAACCACCUGAUCCCAAACAAACUUUUGGCAGGUUUUAUUUUUCUGGAAUACUCUAUUCUACGUCCUACCACCCCCCCCCCCCCCCCCCCUUUCCCAUUAAAAUUGUACUUCUGAACCUCGAAGUGGCUCCGAAGUGGUGUUGUGACUCCUCGCCCGCAGCGGAUCCGGAGCUUGGAGCGUCUGCAGCGGGAGGAGCUGGCGGCGGACCCCCUGUCACACCGCAGGGACCCAAGACGGAUCGGUUGAAAAAGAUGGUUCGAUUGGUGGCAGAACUCUUGUUGCUUUUAGGACUUGUACUUCUUACCUUACACAUCACGGUGUUACGGAGCAGCCCGCUGCACCACGGGAAUUUAACUUUGAGCCAGGAUCAGCAGUAUACUGUGAUUGCAGAGAAUAAUGUCAUAGCAGAGAGCAGUUUGUUAGCCCAGCAGGAUCCAGGGAAGCGGAGAGGACCAGAGCCCCAGUCAGCCCAGCGGCCUGCUGCCCUCCCCUGGGCCCAGAGUCAGGCUACUGGAGGCAGCUUGCAGAGAGACAGGCCUGGGGCCUUCCUCCUGGACCUCCACAACUUCCCUGACCUCUCCAAGGCUGAUAUAAACAGACAGAACCCCAAUAUACAGGUGACCAUAGAGGUGGUGGACGAUCUAGAAGGGGCGGAGCAUGAGAAAGACCUGAAGAUGGAGAACAAACCAGGUUUGGCCGCUCCCAACCGGAGAAACUGGUGGCAAAUCACCUCCUCCUCUUCAUCCUCCUCCUCUUCGGUCUUGACCCCACGUCGACCCAAGGAGCAGGCUAGGGAGCAGCAGCCCACCUACAGAGGAGGAGUAGAACGUGGCAGUAACACAGAGGAUAGUAACUUCCUGAAACCACGAGGGGACUGGGAGAGGAGAGGAGGCGCAGGAGGAGGAGGCACCAGCAAGGCUCAGACUGAAUAUGACUAUAUAGACGGAGACGGUGGCUGGAGUAACUGGUCUCCGUGCAGUGUGACCUGUGGGAACGGGAACCAGAAGAGGACCAGGUCAUGUGGUUACGCCUGCAGCGCCACCGAGUCACGCACCUGUGACAUGCCACCCUGCCCAGGUAUUGAAGACGCGUUCAGGACAGCCGCCACUGAGGUCAGCUUACUGGCUGGAACAGAUGAGUUCAACGCUACAGAGCUCUUUGGAGUCGACACAGACAGCUGUGAACGCUGGAUGAACUGUAAGUCUGAGUUCCUGAAGAAAUACAUGACCAAAGUCUCCAACGACCUCCCCGGCUGCCCCUGCUCCUACCCCACCGAGGUGGCCUACAGCACGGCCGACGUCCCCGACCCCGCCACACGCCGGGACUUCCGCUGGAAAGACGCCAGCGGCCCCAAGGAGAAACUAGAGAUCUACAAACCCACGGCCCGGUACUGCAUCCGCUCUAUGUUAACUCUCGAGUCCACUACUCUGGCCGCACAGCACUGCUGCUACAAUGACAACAUGAAGCUCGUCACCCGGGGUAAAGGAGCAGGAACACUCAACCUCAUCAGCAAUGAGUUCUCUGCUGACCUCCACUACAAGGUAGACAUCCUGCCCUGGAUCAUCUGUAAAGGGGACUGGAGUCGCUAUAACCAGGUCAGGCCUCCUAACAACGGGCAGAAGUGUCCAGACAACCCGCUGGAUGAGGAUUACCUCAAACAAGUUGAGGAGGCAUGGGAGUUUUAGAACUGGAGAGAUGAACAUAUGAAGGGAAAGAAAACGUAUGAAAUAUUUGUAUGAAUCUGGUACUUCAAUUGCUGCUUCAAACCAUCCAAAGCUAGAGUCCGUAUGAACUGUCUGUUGAUUUCAGCCAACGUGAUUAAAUAGACAACGUAACGCUCACAUGGACACAUCAUUGUCCUCAACAGAGACGAUGGACUCUAUUUUAAUAAUAAAACUUAACUCAAUGGUAAAUCUAAGUAUUGGCGCUAGUGCGAUAGGUUCGGGGGCGUGUCAGAAAUAUUUUUGCUAUUUUCAUAACCAGAAUUAUUGUCUCAGUAGCAGGCGGUGGUGCAUAAGGUCUGCGUUUAUUGUCUCAGUUGCAGGCGGUGGUGCAUAAGGGCUGUUUUUAUUGUCUCAGUUGCAGGCGGUGCUGCAUAAGGGCUGGGUUUAUUAUCUCAGUAGCAGGCAGUGGUGCAUAAGGGCUGAGUUUUGAUAGCAGGCGGCGGUGCAUAAAGGCUGGGUUUUGAUAGCAGGAGGUGGUGCAUAAGGGCUGGGUUUUGAUAGCAGGCGGUGGUGCAUAAGGGCUGGGUUUUGAUAGCAGGCGGUGGUGCAUAAGGGCUGGGUUUUGAUAGCAGGCGGU